AAACCAAUGAGCGGGAAAGGGGAGAGGGCAAGUUUGCGGAAGGAGAAACGCGUUUUGUAGCCUUUGCGCGCUGCGGAAUAUUAGCGAGCUGGGAGUCGAGAACCUGGCAUGGGUGCCGUCAGAGGGCAGGAGCACCAGCCUCCUCAGGAGGUAAGGCUGAAGCGGCGGGGCUGUGUUUCCCUCUCGCCGGGCAGGCUGGCCUUUCCCUUGCGGGUGGCGCUUCCCUGCCCCGCUUUUGUCUAUGGGCUGCCGUUCCCCAUAGCGCUCUUGGGGGCGGGAGCUUUCCGGGCAGCGCUUGCUUCGCAAGGCGAGCCCGCAAGUCCUGUUGCCUUGCAAGAAACGCGCCCCGAACACGUCGAGGUUCGCUUCUGGGGAAGGAAGCGUGUAUAUAGGAUAAGCGCAGCCAGGGGCGCAGGCUUCUCCAGGAAACGUUAGUCCAGGGACCGGUGUUUGUUUGUAUGACGGGGAGGAGAACUCAGCGAGGGGAUAAAUUGCUGGGCCAGUGUCACACUCUGCACAUGCUCAAGGCGCUCAUCAUUGCUAUUACCUCAGAUGUCUUCCUGGACGGGUGCUUAGUUCAGUAAGCCCUCAAUUUACGCGAGGGAUCACGCCUAAAGUCAAAAUCGCAUAUGGGUUCAGUGGACAGUGGGAUUACCAAAGUAAAUUCCCCCCGAACGCCCUGCCCACUUUGUGCAUUUUUGUUCAUUUAUAUUUUUUUUACCACAUUUUUAUUCAUUUAUAUAUUUUUUUUACCACAUGCAUAAAGAGGAAUGCUGUGGUUCCCAACUAGGCACACAUCCCACAGGGGACAAUUCGAUAAUGAGUUACUAACAGUGAAUUUUUUGCAUUUCUUGUGGUUCUAGGGGCCUCAUAUAUAGUAUAUACUGUAAAUAUAUAUUGUGACAUACACAUUUUAAAAAUUGAAAUCAGAAUGUACACGGUGGUCAACUGGUGACAAUGGAAAGGUUAUCUAAACCUUGAGUGGGGAGGGCGGGGUAUAAAUAAAAAUCAUCAUUAUUAUUAUUAAACAGAAAAGUUUAUCUAAACAGAAAAUACACUGGGCGCAUUCAGGGGGAGUAGCGCUCCGUGGGGGGUUGGAUCAGGUUUUUAGAGAUACUUAGGUGGGGUAUGGCCAAAAAAAGGUUGGGAAGGAACCAGUGGCUGAAUGCAAGCAAGUUAAAUGCAUGUAAGUUUGCAGGCUUACUGUACUGACAGGCAGUACAUCAGCUUCAUUUGGGUGAGUGCAGACUGAAAUAAAACUCUCCUCCCAAACUCCCAUGGUGUACCCAGAAGAUAGGAGGCUGCUUGGAGUUGCAUAUUCUCUGUUCCAGAGAAUAUUUCCCUGAGUGUCAUGUCUUGCGCUUGAAAUACCCUGUGGAUCCUUUGGAGGUGGGAGUGGGGGAAUGAAAUACCACAUUUCCUUUGCUGCUCAGAAAUCGGUAAUGGUAAAUGUUUGUCACAGAGAACUGGAUAGCUGUGUUUAUUUUCUGUGAGCAUUUUCUAUAGAACAGUUAUAUGUCGUACUGUGAACAGACAGUCCACAAUGUUGCACCACAUCUAGAUGGUAAAAGUUGUUAUUAUAACAAAUUUAUUUGUACUCUGAUGUGACUCGAAGCAGCUUACAUAUAAAAUGAGAACUGAUAAAAACAUAGAAAAACAUUAAUUAAAAACAGUAAAUCAUUGUUAGAAGUAAAGUUCUGCUUUUUGUCUAGCAGAGCAAUCCUAUGCAUGGUUUCUGAGAAAUAAGGCCCACUGUGUUCAGUAGUUACUUGGUCCCAGGACUGUAGGUGCUUGUCAUCCUUUUGAAGAACAUCUCACAGGUUCUGAGUGAUGCGGGGAGUGGCAGCAGAGAGACACUUUCUCUAGAAGGUUACUCCCAUAAUGUGCUUUAGUACCAACAUACACAUACGUGGAGCUGCAUGUCUACCAACAUACACAUUUUUUUAACUCUGUCAAAGUACAGCCCUGUAUUGUAAUACAGGGGGAGUCACUGUGGAGCUCUACAGAUUUUCUUCCUCUUCAAAGACUACAGUUCCCAUCAUCCUUGACCAUUAACUGUUCUGGCUGGGACUGAUGGGACUCGUCGUUCAACAACAUCUGGAGGGCUGUCUGUUAUGAUGUAUGAAUAGCAUGGCUUUGUGACCUUUGCAAGCAUCCAGCUUGUAUGCAAAUAUAGACCAACCUGUAACAUCAGCACCAGUCUGAAGUGGAUCUGAUGUUUACUACAGCGGUACCUCUGGUUACGUACUUGCCGUAUUUUUCGCCCUAUAGGACGCACCGUCCCAUAAGGUGCACCUAGUUUUUUUGGGCGGAAAUAAAGGGGGGGGAUUAUUUCCCCCCCCCCCCAGGCGUGGGGCUGGGGCGGGGGAAGGCCAAGCUUCCCCCAACCCCAGCCCCCAGAACAGGCAACUCUCCGUAAGCUGCGGGAGCCCAGCCCCGGGCUCCCGCGCCUUGCGGAGAGCUGCGCGAAGUCUGGGCACACUGAGCUCAACGCGCCCAGCCUUCGGCAUGCAGGCAACUCUCUGCAAGCCGUGGGAGCCCAGCGCGGGCUCCCACGGCUUGCGGAGAUCUGCGCGAAACCUGGAGAGCCAGAGGGGUCGGUGCGCGCCGACCCUCUCGCUCUCCAGGCUUCAGCGAAAGCCUGCAUUCGCCCCAUAGGACGCACACACAUUUCCCCUUCAUUUUUGGAGGGGAAAAGGUGCGUCCUAUGGGGUGAAAAAUACAGUAAUUCAUUCCGGAGGUCCGUUCUUAAUCUGAAACUGUUCUUAGCCUGAAGCACCAGUUUAGCUAAUGGGGCCUCCCGCUGCCAUCGUGCCACCGGAGCAUGAUUUCUGUUCUCAUCCUGAAGCAAAGUUCUUAACCCGAGGUAAUAUUUCUGGGUUACCUGGGUACCUGAAGUGUAUGUAACCCGAGGUACCACUGUACGUACAUGCAUUUUUUUCUACUACUACUACUACUAAUAAUAAUAAUUGUAUGCCACCAAUCUGACUUGGUUGCCCUAGCCACUCUGAGCACCUUCUAACAGAAUAUUAAAAACACAAUAAAACUUUCAUAAAUUGCACAUAAUUUUGUGUUUUAAGAUGGUAUUUCCCUCUCUCUCCAAAUGACAUGGCUGUUUUAUCAGCCAAAUUCAUCUGAUCUUCAUUAGUGCAAGGGCUUCUGUCAGAAGUGCCUCAAAACACAUGAUAAUAACAACUUUGGUUCAAACUUUACAUUUCUUAGAGCUGGUGAGCUAGCAGAAGCUAGUGCAAGGACUCUUAUUAGUUCAGUGGAACUUUCCCUCAAGCACCAAGAUUCAGGACUCUGAAAAAAUACCAAAUAGCUCAAGAGAUAUAAAACGUUGUAAACAUCAGUAACGCCACACUGCAAUGGUGGUAUUAGAAAUGUAAUGGUUGGGCUAAGCUGUAGAAGUUUUAGAAUGUUUUGUUAAAGAAUUUGGGAACUUGGUUGUAUUGUCUUUAUAAGUGACAAAUGUGCCUGUCUUCCUUGAGUUGAGGAGCAUUGGUUACUUCAUUAUUCUUGUGUCUGACAGAAUCAGAAAUCUCAGCAUAUACUACUGGAGGAAAAACCUGUGCAAUAGUUGAACAGUUUUCAUACACCGGACUUCCACCAUCUUGUUUUUGCAGGAUUCUUUGGAGCUACGUGCAUUGGUAUUUUUAUAGCCAGUUCCGCAGGACGGAACCGGCUAUGAAAGUAUUAAAACUGUUUUACAAUGUAGUCAACAGUGUGUCUACUAAAAGGAAAUAUUUUGCAAGAAAUUUGUAGUGUGUACACUUAGAAGAACAUGGUUUUGGUUUUUUGAACAUAGAAUCAGUUUACUAUCUCUUCUAGGUUGAAACCCGUGAAGAUGAAGAGCAAAGUAUUAAGCUGAGUGAAAUCUUAGAGCUGCUGGUGGCAGCUGGAUACUUCAGGGCAAGAAUUAAAGGGCUGUCCCCCUUUGACAAGGUGAGAGUGUAACAAAUUAUGCACAAGGCAUGCUUUAAUUGGUAAAAAAAAAUAAUAUCAGCAAGGGCUAAUUUGUACAGACGAGUACAAAUGUUAUCCAGAUGGUUGUGAAUUAACAGUGCAAUUUUAAAGGUGUUUUUUAUAAAAAUGAAUCUCUUUUUAUAUGUGUUUCAUUGCAAUUUGCAAAGAUACCAUAAAAACAGCUAAAAUAGUUCAAAAACUGACAGAAUGUGCAAUCAGCAUAAGCAUUGUUGCUUGCCGGAGGGAAUAAACCUCCCUCUCCUCCAGAUGUUUACUGUUUGGAGGUUCCCCUGAGCACCCCAGGCCGAUUUUGUGGGGUUCUGUGGGUGAUGGAGAGGAUUGCCCAGUGUGAGUGGAAGCCCUUAUACAGUGCCCAAGAGCACUGCCAGGAACUGGUAUUCAGAAGCAGUACUACCUCCAGCUGACACUAGAGGCAGAACAUAGCCAUCGUGAAAAUGUGACAUUGGGGGGCUAUCUUUUGUGUUUCAUUUUUAAAUAAAUGCACAAGAUGCUUCUGUGUAACUUCUGCGUUCUUCCACCAAACAUCUGCAAGGGAUAAAACGAGUGUGCUUGCCUUGUUCUAGGUGGUAGGCGGCAUGACGUGGUGCAUCACAACAUGCAGUUUCGACAUUGAUGUGGACUUACUGUUUCAGGAAAACUCUACCAUCGGCCAAAAAAUGUAAGUGGGAGCUUGCCAGAAAGGGAUCUUUCUUUCCAGUUGUGCAAUGUGUUCAGUACCAGUCAUAUUUGUAAUUGAAGCUUGCAUAAGUGGUCACCUGAGCCUUAAGAAUUAUUAUUAUGUAUUGAAUUUCUAUACCACCCUUCAUCACAGGGUGGUUUACAAUAUAAAAACACAAAACUUGCAUACCAUUAUAACUAACAAUAAACUGCAAUUUAAAAGGCCGUCAUUUGUUUAAUUAGCCAAAGGCCUGGGAGAAGAGGAAUGUUUUUGCCUGGUGCCUAAAGAUAUGUAAUGAAGGAACCAGCCAAAGCUCCCUGGAAAGAGCAUUCCACAAGCACGAAGCCACUGCAGAAAAGACCUGUUCUCAUAUUGCCACUCUCUUGACAUCUUAUGAAGGAGUCACACGAAGAAGGGCCUCAGAGAAUGCUUGCAGGGUCUGGUUUGGUUCAUAUGGGGAGAGGCGGUCCUUCAAAUCUGCUGUGCUCUCUAUUUUUUGGUCUUACUGCCCCUGAUGUGCCCUCCCAGUAAUAUAAUCUCUUCUCAUCCUAAACCUGAAAGCAGCCAUGAAAAUAAAGUGAAAUGUUUAAGUACAGCAGGAACAUGUAGAAGCCCACACUUACUUUCUGCUGCCUCCUCCUUCUUUUUGCACUAUUUAAAUGUUAGGACUUUUAAAUAAACAGUGACAAUUACAGUCGUGCCUUGGAAGUAGAACGGAAUCCGUUCGGGAAGUCCAUUUGACUUCCAAAAUGUUCAGAAACCAAAUUGCGACUUCUGAUUGGCUGCAGGAAGCUCCUGCAGCCAAUUGGAAGCCCCAUCGGACGUUCAGCUUCCAAAAAUAGUUCGCAAACUGGAACAGUCACUUCCUGGUUUGCAGCGUUCGGGAGCCAAAACGUUCAGGAACUAAACUGUUCCAAAACCAAGGUAUGGCUGUAGAGUGUUUCUGUUAACACAUGAAUGUCUUAAACUGUUGUUACUUUACCAUGUGCUACCUUGGGAAGCUCAGAACUGAUUAGAUUUGUGUCCCAUUGGCGCACUGGAUCAAAUUCACACUUGCUUAGCUUCAUUCUAGAAUAAGGUAAUCACAGACCAUUCCCUGGACUGAAACUGAAAACAUUUUAUGAAGUAAAGAUGGAUUGUUUGAUAAGAAGCUUUUAACAACAGGUUUUUAAAAAAAACAACCUUGAAUUUUUUUUCCAGUGUGUGUUUUUAAUAAGAGUUUGCAAGCUUGAUAAAGAUGUUUAAAAAAGAAGUGCCUCCAGUCCUACAGAUCAGCAUUUAUCAGGACAGUUCUAAAUUGCUUUGUGUAUUCACUUUUUAAAAUCUAAUAUUUGAUUUCAGCCACUAGAGGGCAGUUUCAGGCUAGUUAAGGCUUUGCUUCCACCCAGUUUCACCUUAAGCUCUGUCAUCCUUCACCUUCUUUCCAGUGCCUUGACUGAGAAAAUUGUAUCUGUCUUGCCGAGAAUGAAAUGCCCUCAUCGCUUGGAGCCUCAUCAAAUACAGGGAUUGGAUUUCAUCCACAUAUUUCCUGUUGUGCAGGUAGGUGCUCCUUGAAAAGUUGCUCCCCGCAACACCUCCGUAUAGUAGGCCUGCUGAUGAAAAACCAUAUUGUAACCCUCUUUCUCUCUCAUGGUCAUGGAAAAGCAGGAAUUGGAGUUUCAUACAGCCCAGUCCAGGUGUCUCCAGAUGUUGCUGGACUAUAGCUCACAUCAUCCAAAGUAUUGACUAUACUGGCUGACAAUGUUGGGAGCAUCAGAAGGACGACAUAUUGGCCACUCCUGCCUCUAGUCCCUGUGAGGCAGAGUUGGCCUCAUGAAGAACAGAUUAACUCACACUGUUCAGAGGAAAAGCACAGCAAAGGCUGAGUGAAACAUGCCAGAAAUAUCUACAAGUGAGAAAAACAAGGGCCUAACCUGUCUUCCAUCAUAUUUGUGUUCUUUCAACAUGUUUAGCCUCCUAAUAACCCUUUGAGGUAGGCUGAGUUGAAAGGGAGUGGCUGGGUCAACAUCAGCCACAACAGCUGGUCAGAAAUUUAAAUCCUGGGUUGAUAUUCAACUGAGUUUUACUUGAAGUAGACCUAUUGAAAUUAAUGGACCCAACAUAACUAUGUCCUUUAAUUUCAGUGGUUUUAUUCUGUGUAACGCUUAGCUGAAUCUAGUCUCAGUCAGACACACUAAUCUUUUAUGUCAUGCUGAGACUCAGUGGGUUUUCUGUUUCUUGGUUCAGAUGAUGAACAUGCACUGAUGCCCAUGUUCAUUGUCUAAAUGUUUCAAAAUAUGAAAGGUAAGUAGCUGUAAUAACUGUAGCCCUUUGUUUAUAGAGUGUUGAUUUUCCUUAUUUUUUAUUCCCUUUUUGAUAUCCAAGUCUGUCCUGAGUAUAUAUAUCCAUCCAAGGUGUUGCUUUAAGGGUUUCCCUUUUUCUUUUCUCCCAGUGGCUUGUGAAACGUGCAAUAGAAACCCGUGAAGAAAUGGGAGAUUACAUCCGCUCAUAUUCUAUAUCUCAGUUUCAGAAGACACACAGUCUGCCAGAGGUAAAUGUUUGGCUGCGUCUUUUGUAAUUCAGAACUAGAAGUGAUUCUUUUAACCGUCUGUAAAACGGAUAGGAUUGAUGCAAACCUGCACCAGCUGAUUUGGCUCAUAGGUUUUAGGACAUAAGCGGAUAGAUCACACGUUAUGAGCUGGCACUGGAGCAGAAAAUAUGAGUAGAGUAAUUCAGUCCAACUCCUUAAGUAUUAAAUGCCCAGUUGCGCAUCAAAAAAGGUAGAUGAAUUUGCAGUGCAUCCAAGUGCAAUCAUCGGAUGCUCUGGGAAGCUGUUCUUGACACAAGUCACUUUUUUCUUGUAAGAUCUUUCUCACAAAAUUGUAUUUGAAUAUGUUUGUGCAGUGGCAACACAAACCUACACUGUGCAAGCACCAAAACGUUUCCCAUUCUUAAAAAUACGUUGCCCACCUAUUCUUAGUGCAGAAUGAGCCAUUCCUUGAGAAGGAAAGUCCAGGUGUAUUGUUUCUCUGUGAUUAAAAGGUGAUUGGCAGUUGAUAAUGCUAUACCUUAACAUGACAGCUGCCCACUGAAAUAAAAUAGUUCAUUAUUAUUUUUUUUAGGCUGUGUUUUGGGGGUUUUCACUCACGUUGUUGAAAGUUCAACUUACGAUUCUUGCAUCUCCCUGUGUAGGUGCCUUUCAUUACUUGUGCAGCUGCAAACUAGUGAGCAUCUUUCUCUGCCUCAUUUGUCAAUAAAUGGAAAGUGAUGUUAAAGGUGCCAGUGCUGGAAGAUCCUCUGAAUUUUUCUAUCUGAUGGGCCAAGUUCCUGCUAAUGUUUUACUAUUAACACCAUAUGUCUAAGAUGUAAAUUGCAUUGUGGAGCUUAGCCCUAGGUAAAGUAGGUAGGAUUGCAGCUUCAGUAGUGUGGUUUAUGUAGCCUGAGGCUGUUCCUGGUUCCCACCUUUAAAAGUUGCUGCAGAGGUGCAGAGUACCUGUUUCCAGCUCUGGUUGGUUCUUCAGCCACAGCCAUUCCUGGAUUGAAGUAAUCUGACCACAGUAAUCCAUGCUUUAGUAAUUUCCCAAUUAGACUUUUGUAAUAUGCUCUACAAAGCAGAGACAUCACCUUACCAACAAAGGUUCGUAUAGUUAAAGCCAUGGUUUUCCCAGUAGUGAUGUAUGGAAGUGAGAGCUGGACCAUAAAGAAGGCUGAUCGCCGAAGAAUUGAUGCUUUUGAAUUAUGGUGCUGGAGGAGACUCUUGAGAGUCCCAUGGACUGCAAGAAGAUCAAACGUAUUCAUUCUUAAGGAAAUCAGCCCUGAGUGCUCACUGGAAGGACAGAUCGUGAAGCUGAGGCUCCAAUACUUUGGCCACCUCAUGAGAAGAGAAGACUCACUGGAAAAGACCCUGAUGUUGGGAAAGAUGGAGGGCACAAGGAGAAGGGGACGACAGAGAACGAGAUGGUUGGAUAGUGUCUUCGAAGCUACCAGCAUGAGUUUGACCAAACUGCGGGAGGCAGUGGAAGACAGAAGUGCCUGGCAUGCUCUGGUCCAUGGGGUCACGAAGAGUCGGACACGACUAAACAACAAAUAUGCUCUACAUGGGGCUAUCCUUGAAGACCGUUUAGAGAGGUGCAAAAUGUGGCAACUGGGUAUUGAUUGCCACAGAAAGAUCUUCACUGAUUAUUUGCUACCAUGUCCAAUUCAAAGUGCUGUCCAUGGAGGCUCAGGUCAGUUCUGUGUCCAGGGCAGCUGUCUACCAGAUCCACCUGGUAUAUGGGCUGAGACCCUACCUGCCCAUGGACUGUCUCACCAGAGUAGUGCAUGCCCUGGUUAUCUCCUGCUUGGACUACUGCAAUGUGCUCUAAGUUAGUCUACCUUUGAAGGUGACUCAGAAACUACAAUUAAUCCAGAAUGCAUCCGCUAGACUGGUGACUGCGAGAUGCCGCCGGGACCAUAUAACACCAGUCCUAAAGGAUCUUCACAGGUUCCCAGUACGUUUCCGAACACAAUUCAAAGUGUUGGUGCUGACCUUUAAAUCCCUAAACAGCCUCACCCCAGUAUACCUGAAGGAGCAUCCUCCUCCAAGGGUCUUCUGGUUCCCUCACUGCAAGAAGCGAAGUAACAGGGAACCAGGCAGAGGGCCUUCACAGUAGUGGCACCCUCCCCGUGGAACAUCCUCCCUUCAGAUGUCAAGGAGAUAAAGAGUUACACAACUUUUAGAAGACAUCUGAAGGCAGCCCUGUAUCGGGAGGCUUUUAAUGCUUGAUUUUUUGUUAUGUUUUUAGAGAUGCUGUAAGCCACCCAGAGUGGCUGGGGAAACCCAGCCAGAUGGAUAGGGUAUAAAUAAAAUAAUAUUGAUGAUGAUGAUAAUGUAAAUAUGUAAACAAAUUAAUACCCAGCUACCUGAAGGUGUGUGCCUCCUGAUAUAUUCCUCCGCGUUAUCUGAAGUCUGCCAGGUAAGCUUGGUAUGGUCAUCAAACAAAGCCUUGAGUUCCCAAACUUGGAAUAGGACUUUGUCAGUGGUAGCCUCCUAGCUGUGUAACAUGAGAUUAGGCUGGAACCUACAUUAAUCAGUUUUCUUCACCAGCUUAAAACAUAUUUGUAAAAAUCUGUCAGGCCUUCUGAAGUGUGUACAUGGCCCUUGAUUGCUUGUAUUCUGCUGAAGGAUUAGUUGUAUUUUUUGGUACAUUUUAACAUCACAGCUUUGGACAAGUUGACACAACAACUGGCCAAUCUUUGUUGACACUGUUGAGGUUAAAUAUGUUUGUAUGCUGGUAUUUAAAGCUAUCUAAAUUGCUUUGCAGGAUGAUGACUUCAUGCAAAGAAAAGAAAAGUCUGUCAAAGCAGUUAGUGAAAUCUCUGUAAGUGUGGCAUUCAGCAGUGUGGGUUUUCAGAAAAUUUACAAAUAAAUAAUAAUUGGAUUUUGCGUUGUUUUGAUUAUGUAUAUAUUUUGGCUUUAAUUUACUCCCCCUUCCCUUUUAAAGAUGCAUAGACCAUGUUUGUAUGAUAUAUCUGCAUACCUGCUUCCUGGGGAUAGUAACUUUUCUUCAAAUGAAUUGCAACUUCAAAGGUGCUCAGUUUUAUCCAUUGUGGUAUCCAUUCACUACAUUCCUAGUUAGUUUUUAUAAAAGAAUUCAUUUUUAGAAAUUGAUCUCCCCUGGGGUUCAUGGCGGUGGGGAGGGGGCUAGAAAAUGUUUCAUCCCACAUCAUUGGUAACACACUAAAUGAGAAUUUUCUGGUCAAGUUGUGGAAUGCCAACAACAAUCCCAGCACUUUGGCAUAUACAGCCCUCAAAUGACUCUCUCUGCUAGGUUAGUACAAGUGGCAGCCCUAGUUAGAGUCUGUAUUUGAGUCGGGUUCAAGUUGAGUCAGAAACACGAUAUUUUAAAGCUGCAUUCUUGGACACAUUAACUAGAGGAUAAGCCCCAUUGAAUAUAUGUAUAUUUUUGUAUAAAUACGUGUGUUUAUUUAUGUAAAAAAAACCUGCCGAAAUAAUCAGGAACACCAUGAAACAUUGCAACUCUACCGCAUAGGAAAAUGUGUACAGUGUUGUGCAAUAAAUCAGCUCCUUUCCUACCUGCAGAGGGUUUACUGUGUCAGGAUUUUAUUUCUCUGUUCCUUUAGAUUGCAUUGCUCCAUUAUAAUACCAUAUUAAUUUUAGUUGGAGCUGCCAUGUGGCUCUUGGAGGCUUGAUAGAUUGAUAUCCCAUUGUGCUCAUCUUUUGAAUACCAGCUCUGUGUAUUCCUUCCCUUGUCUCUCUUUGUCCGGUGCAAUGUCACUUUUAAAAUGCCACACAAAACAGAACGUUGCGCUGCUGUGAAUUCGGAAACGCGGGAGUUUGAAUGGAUUCCGUUGCAUCUCAACUGAUGUGCUAUAGUUGAAAAAGAUUUCCCACUUGCAAAACUGCCAACAUUGAUCAAAACAUUUUUAAAAGAAAAAAGGAAGGAGGGUAAAAAGCUCUUGACAUAUCUUCCUCUGGCAGAGUCAACAGAGUAGAGAAGCCAAGUCGUGGAAACAAUGAUCUCGUUUGUCAUUGUAUCUCAGGGAGAGUAAACUGCCUUUGUCAUUGUGUCUGGAAGAAAGUGUGGAAUGUCAUCUGAAGGCACUGCUUUUUCUGAGAGUUCUUCUUAACAAAGAGUGUCUGGCAUUGAUGCUUCUUUCUUUUUAACUGUAGCCAUGUACAAGAACAACUUGGCUGUAUUGAAGCAUUGCUUUUUAAAAAGGGGGGGGGGAGAUUUCCUUGAACUUAGUUCAGCAACUUUUUUUUCUUGCACAUUCUUACCACCACCCCAAUUAUGUUAAAUCGAUUUUCUUUUCCUAUGUGACUGGCUAAAGUAGCCAUAAUGAAGAGAGUAGUAAUUAAGCAUAAUUAUUCAAUAAGAGGCUAGAAGUGGAAUGCAUGAACACUAACCGCAGUGACUCGGAAUUAAUCAUCUCUUUAAUUAUGCAUAGUAUUUUUUUCCCUUACUUUGUUUAAGAUGUUUUGCAGAUAUGUCUGAGAUCACGUUGAAUAGAUUCAUAUGUUCUGGAGUAGCCAUGUUCUUAAUAAUAGUAAUAAUAAGCUAGGAAAGUGCAAAAGGGAGGGGGAGGGGUGAGUCUAGGUCAAUGAGCAGCCAGUGAAGGAUAUUAUGUUAUGACAGACUGUGUUGUGUUGUAUUAUGGAGCCACAAAAGCCCUGAGAAGGUCCAGGUAGGAGGUUUCUAUGGAGAAAGAAUGUUGACAUUGGAUUGCUUACUGACCAUUUGUAGUUUGACACAUGUUUAUGCUCAUUUUGUUGGCUUUCAGGAAGUUUACAAGCCACAAAGGAAAUACCAGCGACGAGCAGGAGCAGAAAAGUUAGUCGACGAGGAGUCUAAAGUUCAUGCUACGCUUCUGGAAUAUGGCAGGUAUAUUCAUUUUGUUAAAGUGUGUUCCAGGGAACCCAGGAUUUCUUGGGGGCAUCUGAAGGAUUCCAAUAAUGGCAGACAAAAGAUCUGAAAGACAGCAUGCUGUGGCUCUCUCUUCCCUGUAGGCAGAUGCAGGAGAACCUUAAAUGUCUUCUAGGGGCCAACUAAGAAGUAUAGUGUAGCUUUGCUGUUGCUGCUGUUUCACUUUUUUUGCAAAUUAUCAGGCUAGGGGACCCAUUCCGGAACUGUACAGUGAGGGGUAGGGGAGCUUUUAAUCUUUUGCCACCCAUUCUCACUAGCUACAGUUUGCAUCACCAGCAAAGGCCCCAUAUGUUUAGAUGGAGCCUUCGUUGGCUAUGGAGUUGCAGGGGCCCUGAUUCUGAUUGGGAAGGAAAAGGCUAAAGCCCUCUAUGCUCCAUGCUAGGUUCAUGAUGGGGGUGGGGGGUGCUAAUCACGUAUGCCAUCUUGAGCUUGGAAGAAAGGCAGGAUGGUAAUGUAAUUAAUCAUGCCGUCUGCUCAAGUUCUUGGGGGAAAAUGUUGCUCCACAACACAUUUAAGUGUCAAAAGACUCUGGGUUAGUGACAGCAGAUUUCCAUAGCUACUCUCCUGGAAUAAUCUAAGUGUGUACAGAGCACAAAAGCAAUGUGUUGCUUGCCACAAAUAACUGGUGAAAUGGUUAUAAUAUAAAAUGUAUUGACAUUUUGAUUCACUAGCUUUUCCACUGCAGUUCUUUAGUCAUACAGGUGGUUUGCACACUUACAAUAAGCCUAAGUGUGUUUGAAACUGUGGCCUAAGUGUGUCUUCUACUCCCUAUGGCAAGCCAGAUCACUUUUUCAAGUUCUUCAUCUUUUUGUUUUCCUAUCCCCCCUCUUUAGUAUCACUGGUUAUUUCUUGUGAGUAUUUUUCCUCCUGUGUACAUGUGGUGUGGAUCCCCCCCCCCUUCCAGUUGGCUCUUGGCACUUGAAUUUGCAUCUUUCACGUUAACAUGUCUUCCACAUUUGGUAUUUAACAGCAUUGUUAAAUUAAUGUUCACGGGGACUGUCUUUUUUUCUCAGUGCAAAAGUCACAGUUUUCUCUAGGGGCUAAGGGGUGAGAGAGAAGAGUGCAUAGGAAAAAAAUCCCAACUUCCACUCUUUUCGCAUACUCCCCAGGAAAAUAGGUUCCUAGCUGUUACCUCCCUGAUCUGCUGCUCCUUUAUAUGUAAAUAUUUUAAAGGACUCCUUUAUCACGUGAACCCAGCUGAUCUCAGACGGCAGUAUCAUGGAGCCUAGAGUGAUUUUACGUGGCUUCGUUAGUUACAACAAAUACAGUGGUGCCUCGCAAGACGAAAUUAAUCCGUUCCGCGAGAGUCUUCGUCUAGCGGUUUUUUCGUCUUGCGAAGCAACCCUAUUAGCGGCUUAACGGAUUAGCGCUAUUAGCGGUUUAGCGGCUAUUAAAGGCUUAAAGGCUUAGCGGAUUAGCUGCUAAAAGGCUAUUAAAGGCUAUUAAAGGCUUAGCAGGUUAGAUAAAGGGGCGAAAGCGAAAAAAAUCUCAAGACUUGCAAGACAUUUUCGUCUUGCGAAGCAAGCCCAUAGGGAAAUUCAUCCUGCGAAGCAACUCAAAAACGGAAAACCCUUUCGUCUAGCGGGUUUUCCGUCUUGCGAGGCAUUCGUCUUGCGGGGCACCACUGUAUAGCAGCCAUUGGUAUAUAGCAGUCUACAGAACAUAAGGCUAAUCCCCUUUCAAAGCCAUCAAAGUUGGUAGCCACAGUUUAUAACUGCACUGUGAAGGACUUUCUGUAGACCAUCCAUCAGUUAGCUUCAAUGGACAACCUUGGGGUCUAGUGUUAUAUGAGAGAGAGGGGAACACUCACUCUAUCACCAUGCCCACUUUUGCCACAUUGUGCAUGGUGUUCGAACCCUCAUAUCAGUUCCUGCCCUGCCCUGCCCCUUACUUAGCUUUUUCCCUGAUCUAAAAAGCUCCAAAUGUUGUGAACUUUUCUCAUGGGAGAGAAAAUUGCUCCAGCCAGCCCCUUUUCCUGCAACUUUCCCUUUUGCUGGGAAUGGCUGUUCAGGUUUUCAGACUGGGUCCCCUGCACCAGAUCAACCUGGAGAAGACAAGGACUGAACCUGGGACCUUACGGCAUGCACAGCGUGCCUUCCUCAGUAUCCUCUGCUUUAUAGGUUGUGUAGCAGCAUAUUAAAACCUGGUUGCCUGAAUGCAGUGGAACUACUCCCUAGUGGGAGAGUGAAAUACAGCUGCAGCAGAAGGAGAUGUUUAAACUAGAACUUCAGUGGAAAGGGCAUAUUCAGAGAAAGCAAAUAAAGCUAGGGAGGGCUGGCAGAUUAAUGCCUUGGGGGGCAAAAGUGAAAUGUUCUUGGAAUUAAAACAGGCUUUCAUUAGCAAUUCAGCAACAAGCCUCGGAGCACCACUGUCAUUAACGAUAAGGCAACCCCCCUCCUUCCCCCCUUUCAGCCCCCCUGGAACCUGCUGUACUGCAGAGGUUUAGAAUGCACUGGGAAGACUUUGAUGAUGAAUUGCAGUGUUGCAACAGGAAAAAUGGUUUACUUGUUAACGGCAUAUAAAUUACAAAAUGUACACUCAGAAUAAAAUGGUGAAUAUAACUAACCCCAAACUGCUGCUGCGGCUGCUGUCGUUUUUCUAAAAAGCACUGAGAGCUGGUCUUGGCAUGUUUGCAAAAGCACAUCUUCUGCAAUGAAAGUGAAUCCAGCUGCAUAUUCUGAUUUGUUUCCCCCUCCCUUUUUACUUUUUCUAGGAGGUAUGGUUUCAGCAGACAAGGGAAAAUUGAGAAGGUAAGCUUGUUUCCUCAUCUGGAAUCCAGCUGAAAAAAUAUGUGUUGGACAAAAAUACUAGACACCAAAGCAGGUUUAUAUAUAUAUAUAUAUAAGUGUGAUGCAGCAAUUGAUUAUUAUUUUUCAUAAUAUUGAAAACUACUUGUUUGCUUGUUCUUUCUAGGCCACCCAAUCUUACUGUGUUGUGGUCACCACCCUGAUGCUGCUGUAUUCAACACAUUGUGGGGGAACAUUGCUAGAAUUGUUCAUGAUCCUUUUCACUGUGGGUUAAAUUCAGAGCCAGUUUGACUUUUGUCACUGCCUGUUCCAGACAAAGGGGCUCAGCAGUCUUUAUUUUUGUUUUUAUUUUUCAAUGUUUGUAAUUAGCCCUGCAUGCAAGGAUCCCAGGGUGGCACACUGUAAACAUUAAAACCAUUGCUAACAAUAAAACUAAAACAAAAGUAACUCAGCAUAAUGCAGUUUAGCAAUUCACAGGCAACAGAAAACAAACAAAGAAAACCCCUCUGUUAUUGUUAUUUUCUUGGGAACUGCUAGCAAGCAUGAUGUAGCCCAGUGGCGCCCUGCAAAGCAGUUUCAGAUUGGCAGACUUUCAGCACACGCUGUUGGAAAGAAAUGUUUCCUAACAUUUCAAGCUACACUCUGGUUGGUGGGGGAUGUGAGUUAAAUUAGUAUUAGAGAACGAAGAGCACUUCACCCAAGAAAGUUGCCAGUGAAGUUAAUUAAGCCGAUGGAGCUUAUUUUCCGCUUGCAGAAAUGUACAUGCAUUGCAAUGUUGUGGAAGGCCCCAAAGUUCCAUGCAGCAAGAAUGCCGUUCCUAAAGCUGCAUCUCACUCCCUUUGUUGACUUCUACAAAAUAUGGCUGCAACGCUUCAUCAUAUCUUAUUGACCUUGCAUGCUUUUAGCCUAAGACUGUCAAAUGCUUUCGUUAAAAUUUAGCCACUGUGAGGGAAAGGAGGUUAGGAGGUCCUGUUCAGGAUACCGUUCUCCUUCUUCUGGGCUUCAUCCGAUGCUAUGCAAGAGGAGUUCUGCUCAUGCGGCAAAACUUCCUCCAUCCUCUUAGCUCCUGCACAUGCCCAAAAUCUGCUCUCAAUGUCCUCCAGCCCCCUGGAGCAGAUUUUGGGGGUGCUGGAGGGGCUGCAAGGGAGAGGAGGUGGGAAGUUAAAUUGUACAAGCAGAGGUCUGCUGCAUGAACAGAGCAGCAGUGUUGGAUACAUGCCUGUGUCUGAAUUAUUACUGUAGUGUGUUUUUAAUGUGUCCAUGAAAGGCUCUCUGGAGCCUUUCCUUAUAAUAUAUUCUGAAAGCAUAUGUUGUUCGUUUCCUUUUUUUUAAUUCCGCCCCCCUCCCCGCCUUGUGAUUUUGUAGAUGCACAUUUUCCUCUUAAUGUUAGACAACAUCCUUUUCUUCAAUAGGUUGAAGACAAGAAAACGCUGCUGCCUGCUGGGCUUCCAUCAUCUGGGAAAGCUGAUGCCUACACUGAAGAUGACCUCCAAGCUGCAGAAGAGGUGGAAUUCACUGAUAAUUUGUGACAAGGCUCAGUUCAGGGUUGCUACUUCCUACUACAUGGAAUGAAACAAAGCUGGUGGUUUAGAGGUUUCCCCCACUUCCCUUUUUGUAUCUGUAGAUUUUGCAUUCUCAGAACCAACAUGCGCUCUUACUUGAAAUUGAGUUUGGUGCAGAUACAUAGUGCUACAAAAUGCAUGUGGUAGAGUUUUAGUGGUGCACUUGCCUUUCAGUAGAUAGCUUUAUUUUAUGUAUUGCAUUUGUGUCCCGCUGUCCUCUAAACGUCUUAUGGUGCCUUAAAAUGGGAUUAACCCUGCAUCGAAUACGGAAACUCAGCCAUUCAAAUGUGUGAGUGCUGUUGACAGCUGGUGCACCACAUGUAUAUAAACUUGGGUAUGUGCACAUGUUUUCAAAUAAAGUAAAGUGUGACUGUUCCAAGAAGAAUGAUGCUGUGAGGGCCUAAAGAAAAGGAUGUUUUCUUUUGCUUUGUGUUUCACCAAAGUAGAGGAGCAGAGACUUCAGAUUAUUACACAGCAUUUUGUGUUAUGUUUGUUUGUGAAUAAACAAGUGAGCAAAAGGGGGGGGGUAUAUCCAUUGCUUUCUUACUAAGGAGCCAUGUUUGCAGUAGCUCCCAGGCUGCCAUCACAGUGUUGAGAAGGAGUUUUGUAUGAAAAGGGGAGGGAAAGUGUGUGUAUUUGUUUUGUUUUGCUAACCUCCAAGCCUUGUCACAUUUUUUCUAUAAAUAAAAAUUAAAACAUGUGCUACAUGUUUUGAAACAACUGUUCUGAUCUCAGCACUUUUAUUUUUCAUCAGCUUCGUAUUAAAACAUUGAUGACUGAGAUGGCUGCAAUGGGAACAGAAGAGGUAAGCAGUUCUGUUUGUUAGUCAUAGUUUUUUUGGAAAAAAAUAUUAUUUCAACCACUACUCUGGUAUUAUUAACAGGGUAGCACAGGCCAAAAAAAAUUCUUUCCAGAUAUCACUCAAUCUUGAUUUCUUAUAUCUGAAAGUUCCCUUUUUCAUGGGGCUAUGAAUUGAAACUGGAGUGAACUGCAAUUCAGUAGAGAAAGAAAGGAUGCAUAUUUCUCAUUGCCUAGCUUCACUCUGUACCUAUCAAGCAAACUCUGCAGUAUAUACAACUAAAGUUAUUCACAUCCCUGUUCUUUCCUCCUGCACCUGCAGAUUGACUUGAAAGCUAUCACAACCCAUGAAAUAGGGUUAAAUGGAGUCAGGCUGCCUGAGGCCUUACAUUGCAGUGUAAAUUGACACAAGGAAAAGACUACUAAGCUUGAAAGGUGGUCUUUUUCAAAAGGUGUUUAGCCUUUGUUGGUUGUGUCCUUGCCUACAAAAAGCAUAAGGAGAGUUAUCUCUGCUUAUUAAGCAAAGAUACAGACAAGGCCUUUGACAGCUCACAGCCUUUACACUCCUCGCUUUGUGAAAAGAAGAAACAAAUGAGGAAACUUCCAAAACUCCCAGUUCCCUUUUUUCUCCAAACCACGAAACUAUGGUUUAAUGCAGGGGUCCCCAAACUAAGGCCCGAGGGACUUGUUUAUCCAGCCCGCAGCGACCCCUGCCACCACCGCCCGCUUUUACUGGUGCUGCACGGCUGCCCACUUCCGGGUCGGAGGAGCACCGGAAAUAGCAUGUGCGCAAGCGCAAGCGUUAUUUCCAGUGCACAUCCGGGUCGGAGGAGGCCCGUGCACAUGUGCACAAGCUAUUUCCAGUGCUCCUCCGACCCGGAAGUGUGCCGGAAAUAGCGUGUGCACACACAUAUGGGCACGCACUCCCCCACCCUCCGGCCCACUGCGCGUUUGGCGCUGGAGACACCUGCCCAAGGCGCAGUAAGUUUGCUGGCCCCUGGUUUAACAGCUUCUCAACAAACCAGGCUGUUAAGACAUAACUUAAUAUUUUUGCUGAAGACUUUCUGAUUCGUUUGCUCACCAGCAGUAAGAGAAAAGUAUUUCUUGCUCAUCUUUUCUGUCUCCCAAGACUGCGGAACCUUUGAAGAGCCUUCUCAUUUGGCUAGGUUCUAAUGGAGUCCACUAUCAUCCUGUACACAAUUUUUUUCCUGCUCCCCUGCCCCACAGCACACAUACCUCAGCAAAGCCAAGGUCUUCGUUCACUCAUAGUAAUGCUUAUCACUUCUAUGCACACAUGCAAACUUCCUGCAUUCAGUGACCAGCAGAUGUCACUCAAAUUCUCUUCCCACCUGGCUCAUUUGCACGGUGCCUCAUCUACAUACACAGCCCUUUCUUCCAUUCUUGGGAUAUGAGUCCAAAAUGUUCCUUAUCUCUCAAAUAUACUUUAAGCAAGGAAACUUCAUAGCAAAGCAGCAGCAAUUCUUGUGUUCUGACUUGAUGUAACUGAGCCAAUGGCAUGGAAGCCUUGCUAAGGUAGCAAAUGUUGUCCUGUUCCCGUUCCUAUAGCCGGAUUUUAUGAUGAGGGGGAAAAGGCUUGCUAGCUGAUGCCCACUCUUCCAAGUAUCUCCCCACUGCCCCGGCCAGUUCUGCUUGCUUAUUCUCCAUCCAAGCCUUGCUGCUUUCAUGGAGGACAGUGGUACUUCUUCAUGGAAACAGACAUUGCAUUUACAUCAAUUCAAACUGCCCUGCUUUUUCAAAAAGCUAUGUCAUGUGCCUUCAUAAGACGUGUGUUCUACUUUCAGGGCAGACUGACCGCAAGCACUGUAGGGCAGAUAGUUGGACUUCAGUCUGAUGAGAUCAAGCAGAUAGUAUCAGAAUAUGCUGAAAAGGUAGGUGAUUUUUUUAAAACUGUUUUAAGAAAACCAUACCUGAGCAAUUGCCUAUUAAGUCUUCAAAUUUUGAAGCUUCAGUUUUAAAAUAUAUAUUCUUUAGAACAAUAUCUACAAUAGUGAUGCUAGUUGGUGUGCCAAUGCUUCUUUGUGCAGGCAUACAGAUCUGUGCUGUCAUCAAUAAAAAUCAGAUCCCUGUGUCUCUGUGUCUUCUAAACAAGUAGCUAAAAGUUGCAUAUGACUUUGUAGAGGAAUAGUUUCUCCCACGUCCUUGUGCGCCAUGAAACAGUGUGUGAAAUUUUACAGCUGUAAUAUAUGGAGCUAUUCGAUGUCGUGCUAUGUUGAUCAUUCAGUCAGACCAGAUGGAGCAAUUCUCCCUCUCCUUCCCCCCACCAGGGAGCUGUUUUGGGGGUCCUCCUGACACACACACACACACACACACACACACACACCCAGGCCAGUUGUGAGGGAGCAGAGGAGGAUAAACCCCAUUGCUCAGGUGGAGGACCUUGCCUGGGCUUCCACCGAUGGGGUGCAUUAUUUGAAUUUCACCCAUAGUUGUUGGAGUCAAGCUGUGUUUUGUUUGCAAGAAGACAAACCCUCCCAUCCUGAUUUCUUCCUCUUUAUCUAUUUCCUCAGCCCAUUCCUCUUACCUUUCUGCUAGUUAUAGGUUUUUUUGAAAAUCUGGCUUGGCUAUUUUGGGCUUUUAUAAUAGAUUUCCUGUCAGUGCACAAUGAAGAUUGCUUAAAGCAAUGGUGUGUGUUUGUGUGCCCUUGAGUUUAGUGGUUACUAUAGAGCAGUCACUUAAUUACGUCUUAAAUUCAGGAAGGUCAGGCUUUCCUGGUUGUACUUGGGUCUAAAGAGAUGAGUGAUGUGUUUGGGAGGAAAAGGAGAAAGAUGCACAUAGUCUUGCAUGAAUUGAGAGGGAAUUAUGCAGUUGCAGUGUUUAGGCUUAGAAUCUGGAAUCUGUGCCUGAAUCGAGAGGCUCUUAGGGAAAAGAAUAUAGUUUCUAACUUUGGUAGCAGUUUUAAAAUGUUUAAAGUGCUUUACCAUUCUCAUAUUGGCUAUUUCCCCUGAUUUAAAUAUACCAACUACUUGGGGACUCCUUUUGGGAUUCUUUUUGACAGUAUAUAACUAAUAAGUUAACUGUGUUAACUUUAACAGUGUUAUGGGAAUGGAAAGAGUUUCAUGCAUGGGGAUGUUGAACAGUUGUGAGAGCAAAUAAGGGCAGGGGGUCAAGUGCCUUGCACAUAAAGUACCUUACAAAUUGCAGAACCACCUGCUCCCACAAAAAUUAAAUAGUCUUUUUUUCCAUUUUGGAAAUAAAUGUCCACCCUGAGAUCUUCAGAUGAAGGGUGGUAUAUAAGUUUAAAAAAUAAAAUUAAAAUGCUUAUUUUUCUGAAAUAGAGUUAACUUUGUUUCUAUUUUCUGGCACCUCAUUGAUCUGCUACUUUUUCUCUUCAGUUGACAAAUGAAUGGCAAGUUUAAAAGAACUUAGGUGGGUGUUCGUAGCAUCUGCUGAAUGUUUUAAUUGACAAAUUUAAAAACAAUUCCUGGGUUUUGCCAUCCAUCUGUGAAUGCAAUUUUGUAGUAUGCAAGAGAAUUUUCAACUAAAUGUUUAUGAUCUGAAGAUAACAGAAUGUGUCGGCUCUCACUUAAAACUGCUACACGUCUAGUGUGGUUUUGAAAAUAAAUUACUUUAGUAGAAACCUUUUGGACUUCAAUUUCAAGCAAGAGCCAAGAAGCUUCAGUUGUGUUAUAACAUAUGUCUUCCAUAGCCCUACUUGCUAUACCUCAUGUUUCAGUUCGUAAAUAGCACAAAUAGAUGAUAUUGUUCAAAACUUUGUUUUAACAGGUCAGAUGUUAUAUCCUUCUUUCAACAGAAUGUUUUUUAUGAGUACAAAGGAAAAAUAAAUCACGGAGCAGUGGCUUGCAGCAAAAACUGCAAAAAAGUUGUUGUUAUUUUUAAAUGGAUAACUGUUGUAUUUUACUGACUGGACUUAACCGUCCAGGGGUCCUUUACCUUUACCUUUUACCAUACCAGACUGCUCUGGACUCCUGCGGGUGAAGGAGCAUUACAGAAAUAAUCAUAAUCAUAAUCAUAUUAAUCAUGAUCAAAAUGAUCUUGAUUGCUGCCUUCCACAUUUGUUGUAUUUUUCCAUGAACAUAAAACACAAAAUGAGGUAGCAGCUAAAUACAGUAAUUAAAUUCCAGUCAAUUUAUGUGUGCAGGGAGAAUUAGUCUUGCAGCAUAGUCUAUCUGUGUUUACUUUGAAGUCAGUCUAGUGGCAGUCAGUGGCAGGGGAGAUUCCCAGUGCCGGGCGAACAUUGCUCCCAGUUACGAAGAGGGUGAGAGACAAAGAGGUAGGAAACUUGGCAUGGUGCUCGGCGUCGGUAAGUGCCCACUACAGAGUCAGCCCCAUUGGUUUCAAUGGGACUUAAGUACACUUAACAUUGCAGUCCAGUCCUGGGAAGUUGGUGCUGAAAUUCAAAGUAAUGCUGCGAAUUCUCACCCCAUCCCCAUAUAAUGAUGUGCUGUUGAAUUUUAACAGUAUUAUCCACCUGCCCUUUGCUCCCAGCACCGUAUCUCUUUCUAGGAUGGAGGAAAUGUGUUGAGUCAGCCUUGCGGGUCAAAGUGGAACAUGCCCAGUUCCCCUCACAUUUCUGCCUCCAGAAGAGCUCUGCCAACUUCCACACUUGCUUACUCCCUGUAAUGCAGGACAUGCAAGCAUCCAGACCUCUGCACACUUGUAUGCGGCUGCCCAGUGGUUUAUGGAGCAGUCUUAAUGCACAGAUUAGGCAAGUAAUGAUUCCUGUGCGUCUGACAAAGUGCUGAGGGGGUGUUCCAUUCAUUGUGUCCUCUCCCCGCCCCAUCUUUUUCUAGCAAUCAGGACUUUCUGCAGAGGAGCGUCCAGAGAGACUUGGAGCUGCCCAGCAGCACAGAAGGAAGGUGGCAUCUUUAAACAAACAGAUCUUACAGAAAACCAAGCAACUGGACGAAGUAUGUGGGGAUUUGUUGUUGUUGUUCCCUUAUUUUAAGGGUUUGUAAACCACUUUGCCACUCUGCACUUAUGGAGAAGAUUAUAACUUCAGCAUCCAUUUAGGAGAAUUACAAUAUGAGUAACCUGGGUCUUAAUAAGCAUUGGUUACGUGGAUUUUUUGCACAUAAGUUGUAGGGUUUGUACAUAAGUUUGCACACUUUCCUUGAUUGUCUCUACGGAAGCAACAGGUGCUUACUGACUGCCAGCAAUUCCGAAUUAAAGCUGUGAGCUGUGUUUAUGUACAGGCAAAGGCAGCAUUUAAAUUCUCCACUGUCAGAAUAUCAAAUGUUGAGGUCAGACAGGUGCCCUCCCUGUUCUACUCCCAGUGCCUACUAGGGAUUCUUAAUUCCAGCAGGUUUUUUUAAUUAUAUUCUGAUAUUAUAGUUUUAACUCAUUUUAGACUUACUGUAUUAUACUGGAUCUCCUGCACACUGCUCAGAGACAACCGUGAUUAAGUGUACUAUAAAUUGCUGAAAUAAAUAAAUAAAAAUAGUUGGCAUUUAAAGCUGCACAGAAUUGCAUCGUUAACAGAAUCUUUCAAAGGAGUUGUGAUUCUUUUUCUUUUUCUUUUCCAAAUGCUGGAAGGUCCACAAAUCAUAGAAUCAAAAGAGUUGGAAGGGGGACCAUCAGGAUCCUCUAGUCCAGCGGUUCUCAACCCGUGGGUCCCCAGAUGUUGUUGAACUACAACUCCCAUCAUCCCUGAGCUCUGGCCUUGCUAGCUAGGGGUGAUGGGAGUUGUAGUUCAACAACAUCUGGGGACCCACAGGUUGAGAAAGGCUGCUCUAGUCCAACCCCCUGCAGUGCAGGAAUAUGCAACUGUCCCAUGUGGGGAUUGAACCUGAGAAUUUGGUGGCACCAUGCUCUUACCAACUGAGCUAUCCAGUCCUUAGCUCCUGUAAACAUUACAUUGGUGCUCACUUGGCUGCUGCUAACAUUAUUGUUUUGCCUGUCAAAAUCUUUGCGGAUUCGCUGAUUUAAUUGCCUUCUGUUCCGUUCUAUCUGCCAUUCCUCCCCACCCCCUUUUGUACUUUAAGGAAGCCAAAUGGAAUACAAUUUCCUAGAAUCAACCUGGUUUUUUCUAAUAUACGUGUUCUCCUGAGUUAUAUUUCCUGAUGCUUUUCCAAUAUUUGUGCAUCAUGUCAGUGAAUUUUAUUUAAAGAUGAACUGCGGUGUCAGCUACGAUCCAGUAAAGGCUCCCACCAAAGAAGGGUGGGGGGAUGAUUUUCACUUAAUUUCCACCAACUGUCCCAAGUGCCACCUUCCAUAUUGUUGACGAGAGUCCCCUGAAGCCCAGAACAGUUUUUGGAGGGUACAGGCCUGUUGCAGGAAGUGAAAGCCAGCAAAAAAGGCCUAUCUCAUGCACAAAUUUCCUCCAGUGGAGCAUUCUGUAAAUGGAGUUCCUCCCACACUAUAAUUCAUCUGUUGUUGUUCUUCUAAAUCCAGAUGUUUUGAUCCAAAAAAAAGGGUAUCCUGGAACUGCUACAUUCCGUUCUUGUUCAGCUGAUAGCUGUCCAGAGAGCUUUGUUGAUAUAUACAUAAAUACAUGGGUGUAAACUUUAUCUCUCACACAUUACUUGCUUCUAAAACCUUCCAGACUCUCAAAGUGGAAAUUUACUGUAAGUUUAGACCUCAGGAGAAUCAGUGCCUUUGUUUUUUCUUUCUGUCCAUGGAUAAGCAACCGAAGGAAGCUAUAAGAGACAUUUUGCAAUAAUAUACUGCAAGAGAAAAUAGUUAAAAUUAUGGCCCUGUUCACGCUUAAUGCUGAAACAGGAAACAUUUCAUCCAUCUUGGAAGCACUGACACCUUGUGGACACCAGCCCUGCCUUAUUUCUUCCAAAUUUUCCUGUGUUGAGUGGGGGAAGUCUGAAGGGAGCUUCUACCCAUGUUUGCUUGAAACCUCCAUGUGAUCAGAAACUCUUACAAAGCACCGCACUGUAGAGAAGAAAGAAGGACAGGAAUAAAUUUGCCAGUGCAGGGACAAGCAAAGAACCUCAAAGGUGCACAAAAUUAAGAUUGAUUCAGCCCAACAUGUUUAGGUUUAAAGAAUUUGCCUGGGGCAUUGUAAAACAAAUGUUAUCCACCUGCUGCGUUGCUAAUUGAUUCCUCGGGACAUAAAGCAUGAAUCUGGGAAGUGGGCAUGAAAUGUUUUUGGUAAAGAGGUUGUAAAAUAUUAUCCUUUUUAUUAUGAAUAGCUACAGUUCACCAUGCAGUGUAUAUGGUUUGCAUAGACCUAUUUCUCAGAUGGGGUGUUUCAUAAGCAAAAGCCUCGUUUCUGAGGUUUCUCACUGCUACUUUUAUAAAUUUUCUUUACAAUCCAGCCUGAGCAAUGCUUCUGUAGAUAUUAGAAGAACCAUUAAGUAUAGUUCCAGCAUGUUUCUUGGUGUGUAUGUGUGUAUACGCAUGCCAUUGUUAGGAAAUGUUGCUGCCUUUGAUUAAAAUACCAGAUUGGUGAUCACUUAACUUGACUUUCCCCCGUGUUCUUCUUUUGAAAACAGUUGCAGGCAAAAUGUGCUGACCUGCAAGCAGGAUGUAGUGAGGCUAAGAAGAAAUUGAAUGAGGUAAGCUCGUUCUUCCCUUUGUCCUCCCCUCUUCUACUUAGACUGGUCUCUGUCAACUCUGUGUUGGCCAGAUGCAAAAGAGGCCUCUACAUCUAAUUGUUGUGUAGAAGAGAAUUUUGGGAUGUAAUGCAAGCUACACCUGCUGAAAUUCAUUCUUCUGCUCAGUUGCAUAAGAGCCUUGUCACCUUCUUCAUUUGACCACCUGGACCGAAAUGAACUUGAAUAAUUGCAAUUGUAAUAAUUGUAACAGUGUGCACCCACACCUAUGCAAAUAAGAGUAAGAGGCAGCCCGGAAUAUCACAUUUUCCAUUGUUGCUUGUUAGGGAAGGUUCUGCUACGUUAGUAAAAGCUGCCUCCUGCUGGUUAUCCAAAUCUGUCCCAGACAAGCAUAAUGCCAUAUUGACUUUUGUCUUGUAAUGAUACUGCAGCAAGAAAUAGGAAAGAUGAAAGAAACUUGUGCACAAGAUGUACCAGUGUUUUAUCCCUUGCAAAAAAAAAAGGGGGGUGGGAGAGACCUUAACAAAUCCUGUACAAGUUGGUAUGAGAGGGGACCAUGCACUAUCCUGGUAGGCAAGUGUGCAAUCCAGUACUCACCUCUGUAGGCAGCAGGAGGAGACAGCGCUGGUACAGCAGAACUGUACGGAGCCUAGGCUCACAUCUCAACACUAAUGCCAAGGGUUACAUCCAAUUGUGACCGUCAAGGGCCCUGUGAGCUACUCCUGGUGCCUUUAUGAGAACAACUGGUCAUGCUAUUUGAGGAAAAAAUAGGUAGAGCUUGCCAGAGUUUUAAAUAGAACCCUAUCAUUCUUAGAGGGCUUUGCUUAAAGCUUUGGUUUUUGGGUUAAAUUGGUUUUUAUUACAUUUUCACACCAUGUGUUAUUAAUUCCAAUCCUUUAGGUUAAGAAUCACAGUGAAAAAUUGGACAAGGAGCUGGCAGUCUUAGAAACAGUGGAAUCCCAAGCAGAUUCAAAGUAUGUGUCUAGUUCCUCUCCAUCCUUCCCUGUCCCGUUUGCAAUGAAUUGUGUUAAUUCAGCAGUAGUCCCUGUUGGUGGUGGUGCGGUUUUUGUAUCUAUAGUUUAUAUUGUGUGUGUGUGUGUGUGUGUGCGCGCGCACACACACACACACACACGCACACACAUUCUAGUCCAAAUGUUUCCUUUCAUGGCAGAAUGUUCCUUAUGCUGGAAACUCUGUCAGCCUUCCUCAGCUUGGUGACCCUGUAUGGUUUUGGCUACAACUCUGAUCAGCCCAACCAACAGUCAGGGCUGGUUGAAGUCUCACGUUAAUUCUUGACAUGGUGCAGUCACUGCAAAAUGAUGGUUAAACAUCAUUUUCAAAUUAAGACUUGCAUUGAUUUUCAAGGAUUAGGGGCUGGGAAAAACAUCUGGCACUUCUUGAAUGUUCAAAAACACCCAGCAUCAAAAAAGGUUAUUUUAAGAAUUACUGUUUGCUCACUGAGCCUUAAAAUAAGCCUAUUAAGGAAAGUCAGCGUAUUUUCUUCCAGAUGGGAGACUUAGCAGCACAGUCCUGUGCAGGUCUACUUGGAAGUAAGCCUCAUUAGGUUCAAUAGGCCUUACUCCCAGCAGUGUACUGGAAGGGAGAGCAAGUAGCAAUGCUUGCACCAACAGAACGAUCUCCUUAGUGCAACACUGAAAUCCACCUGUGUGUUUUAUUGUUUUAAUGUACUGGCUUUUAUGUAGAUUCUGUAAUGAGCUGGAAUUUUUCAUUAUGAUGAGAAGUAUAAAAAUGUUUCUGCCUUUUAAAUCAGUGGGUAUUAAGAAAUGUUUAAGUUUGAUUGAAUCCUGUCCAUUGUAUCCUUCCAUGAAAAUGGUAUAUAUUCAAACUGGAAGACCCUAAGAUUUGCCGGUCUCUCUUUUUUCCUUCAAAAUUAACCCAUGAGAAACAGGUGCACUCGAUUGAUAAUGGAGUCAUCCAAACUGUGAACUGUGAGAUUCUACCUUUCUGUUUUAUUCAGCUCUGUUGCUGCCCUAAAUUGCUUCUUUAAGAUAUUUUGUUUUCCCCACUCCCCAAUGCUUCAUUUUUCUUAGAAUAAAUGUCUCUAAAUGCUUGAGAAUAAAUAAUGUGUUGUUGUUGUUGUUUUAAUUUAGUGUAUUGCAGAAGCUUCGGGCACUGGUGGCAAUGAAUGAGAACCUCAAAAGCCAAGAGCAAGAAUUUAGAGCACAUUGCAGAGUAAGUUUUUUAGAUGCUUCAUUCCAAGUCAGUGCCUGCACACAAUUCUUUUUAAGGAUCCAGAUUGAGGAUCCAUAAUCCAGAUGUACUCCUGUGCUUCUUUGUAUAUGCAGCAGAAUACAUGUAUGGACCAUGUUUACUAAUUCCUGUUGCUUAGGAAUGCUUUUGCAACGCAGUAACUGGAAAAACUACUUCCAUGUGGUUAGGGGCUCCGUGUCAACAUGAGGACCAGAGGUGUAGUGGGGGACGCACUAAACCCCACUAAACACCACGACAACGCACUAAACACCACAUCAUGGGAGGGGAGCCCACACUUACCACGGGGCGUGGCCUACAGUGCACCUGAGCCACAUGUCUCCUGGGAGUGACGCAGUGGCUCGGGUGCCUGCAGGCUCCCUGCUGCCCGAAACAGCAGCGUGGGGCUGGCAUCUGCCCACCGCCUCCCCCUCAGGCUCAGCUGCCCUACAGCUGAGGCCCCAGCUCACCCCGCCCCCAGGUGCAGGGCGCAUGUGAUGCCCCAGACGUCUAGCUAAGCCGCUGUUGGGUACCUUGUAGUAAAGCAGAAUAUAAUCUUUUUUUAAAAAAAAAUGCCAUUUGCCUUGGUCACCUGGCUGGUUCCCAUUCCACAGUUCCCAGGUGGACGUGUGCAGUGGGAACCUAUGAACAUUGCAGUGUCUUAAUACUGACAUCUGUUAAGACUGCCGUGUGGAGCUCCCACCACCUAGGUGCCAAGGUAAUGUAUGAAUUGGACUGAAACCAUAAUCAGUGGUUGUUGCGAGGUACCUUGAAAAAGUGAUCAAUAUCUGGAGUUAUAAAAUGUGUAAUUGUAUGAGAAAGGAGGAAAGAAAUGGAACGGGGCAAGAAUACAAAUUGAAUUUUAAACCCCUGUAACUUAAUAUUUUGGGGUGGCUAUUUUCAUUAUGGGAUGCAGUGUGCUCAGUGUUGCUUCUGCAAAAGCGCUUUCGAAAUGGUUAGGGACAGUAGGGCUUGUGCAAGAUGCUGUAGUCAUGGUGGUGCUUGUAUUUUGAUUUUUUUAAAAAACUCGAACUUAUUCCCUUGCCCUUCUGACUUGGGUUCAUUUGCAUAAGAGUCAGACUGUGUGUUUUCCCCUCUCUCUCCCCCACCCCCUUGACAAUAGAGUGUGCUACUUUACAUAACGAAGAACAUUCACCUCCUCUGGAGCCCUAAGCACAGAAUGUCUAUACGUUUUUGGGCUCUUUCUGAUGCAUAUUUUACGAAAAGAAAACACUGUCUCUGGCUUCUGUUUCCAUAAAGAGCACACGUUGAUUGCUAAUGAAAAGAAACAAUUAUUAUUUUCUUGCUGUUCUAGGAAGAGAUGGCGCGCCUCCAGCAAAACAUUGAAAGUUUGAAAACAGAAGCAGCUGAAAAUGGAGAAGAGAAGGUAAACAGAAAAUAUUUAAGCAUUCUUACUGAGCUUUGGAAUCUUCUUCCCAUAUAUAUUUUUUAAGAAUUUUAAAAUGCUUGCGGUCCCUUUGCUCCAUUUAGAAGUGUUUGCCCUCAUUUGGAAUGCUGCCUGAAUUUUUUGUUUUGCCAGUCUGUUAAUUAAAGGUGCUAACGUGUGUGUGUGCAUGUGUCUUUUGAUGUGAUUCACUUUCUCUGGUUACUUAAAAUGAACACUUCAUUUCACUUUAACAAAACUUUAUAUAUUUGAACUCAUGUCUUUCUUAUCGAAGGCAAUUUCUUAUACACAAGAAUUGGGACUUGGAACACUGGAACACAGUCAGUUCCCAAAAGUGUGUGUAUUUUUUGGAGGGCGGUAGUUUGUUCCUUUAUGUACACUGAAUAGCAAAUCUGAUUCUGUUUGCCUGUGUAUUUUAAUAAAAGAAACAUCAGGACACAUGGCGGACAUUUAACAAUGGAUGUGGCAUGCAGGUGUUUUCCAUUAGAGGACCUCUAAAUUGUUGCCCAAUUUAAAAGUACAUGAGGCUUGAGUUUGGACUCCACCUUCAAGAAGAUUGCUCAAUUCAGAUGAUUCUUGAAACCUUGCAGUCCAUCCUCUCUUCCAGAAAACUUCUCUUUUGUUUUGCACUAAUCAUAGUUGGUUGUAGUGUCCAAAUCAAACUGCAGAGUUCUUGCACUCCAAGAAAAACCCACUUCAGACCUUGGCUUCUAAUUUCCGGUUUGGAGGACAAGCCUUAACCAUGGUCUGCCGAUUCGGAUGCCAUGGCAAACUGGGGUUAGUGUUAAACAGGAAAAAGCAAGCCAUCUGUAAACUUGCAGCUCAUUACUGAAUGUCCAAAUAAUGAACAAAAAGAUACUUUGAGCUUUCCUGGAGCAAAUCAGAACUCCAGGAUAUCUUACCCAGGAUUUUAUUCUCCCCAAGGAGGACUAUGUUGAAUAGUCUUCUGACACUCUGACUGGUGUGCUUCCCCAAACCCCACUGUCCUUCUACCUGCUAGUGUGCAUUUUUAACAGCUGUACAACAAGCAGAGCCCGAACACAUUCAACUUUACCCAGGAUGGACUCGUGAUGGGGAAUGUUCUUCUGCUUCUCUGGGCAGCUUGCUUUUAGGUGAAUAUGCUAUAUAUGUAGUUGCACAAGUUAACAUGUUUGGUUGGAUCCAGUAAAAUGUGGCAGAACAUAGCUUUCUUGAACCCCUUCCCCUCGGUAUGUUUUUAACUUUGGUGCAGAACCAGUAUAAACCCUGGGCCCAGUAUGAAUAAGUGACCCUUUGUCAUCAUAGUCUCGACUGAAUUUGGUCAGCUGGAAAUCAGUUUUAUUUUAUGUCUCCAAUGUUAGGAACCCGCUAAAAUUAUAGACCAGCAGUACAAAACCGAGAGAGAGAAGCUGCAGAAGAUCAGACUGCUUCUGGUGAGUUUUCCAAACCGUAAGUCUAGCUGGGUUGGCAGAUGUAUUUGCUAAAUGUGUUCCUGUCCUGCACAAUGUAAAUUUCUGGUUCACGCGAGACUCGCGGAUUCUUCUGUAAUGGAUGUUUUAAAAAUUGGAAAUACCAGUUUGGGGGUAAUUAUUUGGAAAACGUCACCUUUCGCAGUGGAGCCAAGAGGGCAGGGGGUCCGCAUGGCAGCAAUUGAUUCCGUUAUCAGGUUGUUUCUAAAUGUCAGUUUGUUUUUUAGAAACCUAGUCACAGUUUUUGUUUUGUAUAUUGUUUUCAACUCCCCUCAGGCCCGACGAAACAGAGAAAUAGCCAUUUUACAACGCAAGAUUGAUGAGGUUCCCAGCAGAGCUGAGUUAACACAGUACCAGAAAAGAUUUAUUGAACUUUACGGGCAGGGUACGUAUAUCAGGCAGAAAUGCAUUCCUCACAGCUAAGCACUAUAAACCUAUGGAGCAUGGCAACCACUUCUUGUUUAAUGUUGUUGUAUCACUGGCUGUUUGACAUUCACAUCGUAUGCCUUCGCAGACAAGCAGGGUUUUUCCAAAACAUGGAUUUUAAAAUGCCCUCAGGGCCAAAGAUUUGGCGCUUUGGGGGUAGGUUCUUGAAUGUUCUGCCACUUAGUUCUACAGUCUAUAUAUUAAGACACUGUUCCUUAUGACACUAGGCAGGGGGGGAAACAAUAGCAACAACCAACCCACUACAUGCAAUGGGUACGUCAGGGCUGCCCUCCCCACUAAUACACCAGUUAAUUUGUGUGAUGUGCAGCAUUCAUAUUUAUUUCCAAUCCCAGCUGUUCUUCCACUUCAGAAACAACGUGUGUGGGGCCUGUGCAUGCACACAAAUAGGUGCACGCUCAUACAUACGCAUGCAGUGCAAGGUGAGGAAGCCUUCUCCAGGCCCAUGAUCCCAGUGCACUUGUAACGUGGUUGCUGCAAACUAGUCUUCAUCUGCUUGUUAGUGGCUGACUACUUCAGUGGAAACCCCUACAGCAGCAACAGCUCUUCUGCUCAAGGAGCACUGGCUAGGGGUUUAAGUAAGCCUAAGGAAGAAGAGGAGGAGGAGGAGGAGGAAGAGGAGUUUGGAUUUGAUAUCCUGCUUUAUCACUACCCUAAGGAGUCUCAAAGCGGCUCACAAUCUCCUUUCACUGCCUCCCCCACAACUAACACUCUGUGAGGUGAGUGAGGCUGAGAUACUUCAGAGAAGCGUGACUAGCCCAAGUUCACCCAGCAGAUGCAUGUGGAGGAGCGGGGACGCGAACCCGGUUCACCAGAUUACGAGUCCACCAACGAAAGCCUGCUUGUUUCCCAAAUGCUCGUCCUCUGGUGAAAUUCUUUGUUCUUGGAGAAAUGGGGUGGGCUGUCCAAAAAAACGAGGGGGGAAAGACAAAGGUGACAGAAGAAGAAAAUCAGAGGUACUGCAUUCCAUAGGAACCUGUCGUUUUCUGGUACCCAGAGGUAAACUCCUCCUAUUGCCCUUGGCCCUCAUUUUCUGUCUGCCCCAGUUGUUCACUUAGUUUUUUCAACAUACCUCCCUUAAUGGAACUCUCUGCUCUGGAUCCUCUAUGUAUACCUGGCUCUCCAUUGCCAUUUCCAGAGAUUGUGGGGAAACUGUUCCUUUACACUAGGUGAAAUCUGCAGGGCAGGACAUGAGGCGUCUACCUGCUGCACCCUCUUUGGGGGGGGGAUAGGUUAAGGUUAGGGGGGUCCACUGGUAAGCAAGCCCACAUGGGCAUUUGACACUUUGACGCAGACUGUAGAUAAUUCAAGGACUUGAAUUUCUCACUCCCAGAGGUGGGCAACUUCUCGCCAUAUGGAACAUGUUGUAAUUGUUGUAUCCCACCCACCUCCCCCCAAAAUUGCUCAAACCGUGGUGAGGAGGUGUUUUUAAUUGUCUCUGUAAAAACAAAUGUCUAGUUCUUAUAGUUACAGGGAUGUCAAAUUUGUGCUCGUCAAAAUUAGCAAUGUGAUCUUUUAUAUUGAACAAGUGGUUUCCAUGGCUGCUUAUUAUACUUCUGAAUUUUUCCCAGAAUAGGGUACUCAUUUGCAAUGUCAUUUCUCAUUGGCUUUUCUCCAAAACAUCUGUUGGGGGGGUGCACAUACAUGCAUGCGCACUGAAGCUUUAUCAGCAGCCAAAGCAAAAUAAUAUAUGGGUUUUACUGCUCUGCCUCUUCAGGCUAUUCAGUACCAUUAAUGGCUAUAAAGAGUGUUCUGUGUCAGAAAGUACAUUACCUCUCCUUAGACCGGAACCAUCGUUGUAUCACUGUCCCAGCCACACUUAAUGUAGUGAAUUGAUGAUUUAGGAGAAUUCUACCUUUUGCCUGCCUGAUCUAUGCUAAAUGAGCAUUGCAAAUCAUUUAGAAUAACCCUUUUUGCUUUACAAGCUGAAAUACUGUCACUCCCAAUAAAUUUAUGUGAGCUACAAUUCACAGAAUGUUGGUUUUAUGUUAAGAUAUAUUGCCAGCCUUUUAUAGGUUGGCUGAGUACUUGGGAGUGUGUUCUUUCCCUCCUUGGAUUUCUAUGACAAUGUUGAAAAGUUGAAAAGAAUGUUUGCAAAAUUGUAUUUCCAGGUUUUGGCUGGGAUCCAAAUAGGCUCAUGGAGGAGUCCUAAAGGGUUUCCCUACCCUUGGAGGAUGUUUGAGACAGUUGUUUUUUUCCCAUGAAAUGCCAGCUCAAAAGGUCCCCUGGGUUUUGGGGGUGGUUUUUCAGGAAGGGGAGUAUGGUGUGUAGGCAGGGGUGUGAGAAAGAUACUGUGCAUAAAUGGAAGUCGUCUUAUCCUUCUGUUAGCUUUCAGGCCUUUUCAUUUCUUCCUACAGAGCUAAUAGGAGCCAUUCUGCUCCUUAAUAGGUGGAGAACCAGCCUUACAUAUGACAGCAGGUUCACCUUUUAACCUUUAACAUUGUACACCUUUCAUGUUGUGCACUGUUAACUUAUUUAAGUUAAAAAUUAUCAUGAAAGCCAGCUUUCUCAGUCACCCAAUUUUGAGUGCAGGUGACACUGGGACUUCUUCUCCAGAAGCUUGUGUUUAGGAGUGCAGCCUAAGGUUGCAACCUUAUACUCACUUAACCAGAGUAAGUCUUACUGGACUCUGUUGUACUUACUUAAGAAGGCAUGUCUGGGAUCACACUAUAAGAAUCUUCCCUUUGUUUGCAGUUUCGGCAACACACAAAGAAACGAAGCAGUUCUUUACCCUCUACAACACACUGGAUGAUAAGAAGGUGUAUUUGGAAAAAGAGGUAAGCUGCUUGAUCAGAUGUUCUAGCUGACCACAAAGCCCCACCAGCAGUAUAAGCCAUUAUUUUUGCAAUAAGGGGAACUAUGGGGAAUAUAUUUGGGUUCCUGCUUGGUUUCUUCUGUCUGUUCUGUAAAAGGUUUUUCCUUAAGACAGGAGUGGAUGGGGAACCCAUGGCGCUCCUUGAUGUUGCUGGACUACAGGUCCCAUCUCCCCUGACCAUUAGCCAUGAUGACUGGGGCUGAUGGGAAUUGGAGUCCAACGACAUCUGGAGGGCAGCAGGUUCUUCCCCCACUCUUGCCUUAUUGACAUCACUUCACAGAAUAAUAACUUUUAAAGAAUUGCACAAUGCUUUUGUGUGCUGUAUAGCGUUAAUUAGUUCUAAUGCAACUCAGUGUGGGUAGAAUGUCUCCUCUGUCUCCUCCACAUAGGAGUUCUUGCCAAAAAGUUAAAUGGCAAGGUGUAAUUAUAUUACUCUCACCCUGCACUGAUGAGAGCGAAACCAGACAUAAAUUCAGAGAUGCCUCUUAAUGAGAGGCAUUAUUUCUAUAACCGAUGUGCAGUUAAAAUAUUCAUUAUCUUUUCCUUUCCUUGACGUGAUUAUGACAGCGCUGAGAAUGUAGUUAUUUUAAAAGUCGUCUUUUAAAAUGCUAAGUGUUAAAUUGAUAAAUACUGCCUGACUGUGUAUCAAGAGCUCAGUGGUAUCGAGCAUGUGCUCUGCAUGCAGAAGAUCACAGAAUGCAGCAGCUCAGUCCCUCCCAACAUCACCAGGAAGGGCUGAGAGAAAACCCUGCCUACAGUCCUAAAGAGCCCCCUGCCAGUUGGUGACCAUACUGAGCUGGAUAGACCAAUUGUCUGACUGUCAUAGUCUGACUCUAAGGCAGCUUCCUCUGUUCCCAAUGUUGAAAUGAGAUGUCAUGGAAUUGUGGGCCAGCUAGAUUCUGCUAAAUUUGCUUAUUGAUGCCUGAUUAUGCAAAAAGUUGCGGUCUUCAAAGGCUAAAGCAAACAUGGAGAAAAACAAGUGAAUUGGAAGAAUGUGUGUGCUUUUGUGUGAAUGCAUGGACAAGGAAGCCAUAUUCCUGUAACCCACUUACAAUUUUUUUUGUUAAGUGGUGUACAUAAAUCUUGUCAAAUAAAUAAAUAAAUAACCCAGGUUGACUCCUGAAUGAGAUUCUCCUAGCCAAAGAGGAUUUCCCCAUCUCCUGCUUCAGCCCUCCAAGAAGGCCAGCAGAUCCUAAUUAAUGGUAUGGGAUGUGCUGAGGAGAAUUCGGUGGGGAUGGAGGUCACAGAGAUUGAUUAUAGGGGGCUGGUCUGAAGUGCAUGGAUUAAAUCAAGCAGUGGAUUCUAAUGCGGGCCUCCUCAGGUAAUCGUGUCAGAAUGCAACUGCUUCAAGGCUUUUGCUUAAAAGAGGUCAAUACAUUAUGAACCUUCCUUCAAACUGACGUGAGACAAUUGGUCCAUCUAUCCUGAUUUUGAUUCUUCUGACAGGCAGCAGUUCUCCAGGGUUUUGCUUUGAAUAAAGUGAAGCAUGUGAUUGAUUGCCCUGUUGAAUUUGGCAAUGUGUUGUCUCGUGUCAAGUGUUAUUUAUAAAGGGGCGGGGUGGAGGGGGAGACCCAUGGUUUCUUUGAAGACCUGCUGUGGUUUGCAUUGUUGUGCCGCGUAAAUAGGAAACCGAUUGUGUUCUUUCCAGCAGCUAAUGCAAGGCAAGAAAAACGCUAGCGGAGCAAAAAAUGUGCAAUAGCACUCUGUGAGGCAAGGAGAAUUUUUGUCUACAGCUUAGACCAGGGUUGUCACCCUUUUUUGAAUAGCGGAUGCCAUGGGGUGUGUGGCAAAACACAAAAUCAAGAGUACAGUCAUUGCUGCCCAGAAUUCACUGGGGUUUUGUAACUCUGUGAUUGCAUAUCCCUUUGUACAUGGUACUUCAAUUUGAUAAUGUUUUGAUAAAUAGGAUAGCAGCAGCCCAAUAUUUAUUUGAACACAUAUGCUAGCUGUGAGGAGCACAAAACAUUGACUAUAUGCUCCUGAAAAGAUAAAAGUUAAUAGGUACACAAUUUGUCUGCAGUCAUCUACAUUCCCUACCAACACAUGUUUGUGUGUAAUGCUCUGAAUACCCUCACACUGUUGUAUUUCAAGUGCUGUUCUUAGGGUAACAUAGUACUGGUUCAUUAAAUGCAUGUUCAUUACUUCAUGUCUGAAAGUAUGUGUGAAUACAAUAAGAAAUUUGUGGUAACCCAGUGAGGCCUCAGAUGCAGUGUUUUUGAAUGAGUUGGUUCACGCACAUUAAACUGCAAAUCAAGUAAUUUAGUGCAGCAAAGCCUGUAUGAUCAUGCAUUAGCCAAGCCGCAUCAUUUUCUGAACCAACCCUAUUGCUUAAAAGGCAUUUGCUUUUUUACAUGGAAAACUUUGCAUAAAAAUGCAUCCUUGUGUUUGUCUUUCCCAGGUUAACUUGUUGAAUUCAAUUCAUGACAACUUCCAGCAGUAAGUACUCCUUUCUUUUUUGUGGGUACAGCCCUUACUAACACAGCGUGGCCAUUUCACCUCCCUUACGAUGACCAGCCCUUGAUUUAAAGAAACAGUCACAUGUCUUUAAAAUCUUUCCAGAAGUUUCAAUAGUCUUAAGAAAAAAAUUUAAAUCAUGUAUCCCAUUCAAGAAAUUAUGCAUGUCACAUUAUGCUCCUAAAUAGUUCAUGUAAUACUUGUUUCAGUGCCUUUUCUCUGAAACUAUGACAGUAUGCUGCUUCUUGUUUUUCAAGGAGAAAUUUAGAAAACAGUCCUACAUUAUAAUUUCUUUUGUCAGACAAAGGCACACUUUAAUAGGCUAGCCCUAAGAAUUCUGUCAAAAUCAGUGGGACUUGAAUAAGCAUCACUGGGAUCCAAAGAGGCCAAGUUUGUCUUUUCUGUCAACUGCAAGCAAAGUUUGACUUCCAUGAUUUACCAUUUAGGCUGCAGACAUAUUGCGUGGACUCUCACUCUUUCCUCAAGUGACUUUGGUACCCAUUCUCCUUUGUCUAAUGCCCUCGUGCCAUGUGCACCCCAUUCUCAUUUCAGAGCCAUGGCUUCUUCUGGUGCUCGAGACCAGUUUCUGCGGCAAAUGGAACAAAUCGUAGAAGGAAUUAAACAGAAUCGAAUGAAGGUUAGUUUAUUAUUUUCACAUAAGUUUUGGUGGUGUUUCUUCUUAGACCUCAAUAUAACCUUUAUGAUUUGUGCAAUGAAAUACAAACCUACAGAACAUCUGGAAUAUGCUUUCAUUCCUGCACUGCUACGAUAUGCUCAUUAUUACCCUGUGAGCAUACUGCAACAUUAUAGCAAUUGAAAUAGAACACACAGGUUGAAGAUGCGUCUCUAUACCAAGCACAAUGGAAAUGAUUUGGAUUCAUAGUCUUGGUCCUGAAAGCAAAUGCCUUGGAACAUAAUCAAGUAUGUGUUGUGUUCCUCCAUCAUGCAGCCUUCACCUGUUAAAACACAUGCACAGUUCUUAUCCCAGAUCACAUAUCUGCCAAAAUUCCCUUGCAUUAUUCUUUAAAUUACGCCCUUUUCUUUCAUUCACAGAGAUCCUUCUUUCAAAUAAAUGGCCAUUCUCAGUUUUUAGAUUUAAUGAUUUGUAACUAAGAUGUGCUGAAUAGAACAAGGGAUAACCUUAGGUGUAGGAAAGUCACUAUUAUUUAGGGUAGGCAGUACUACUACACUUGAUAAUUGGCUUGACUCUGGCAAAGGCAGUUCAAUAUCUGAGCACAGAGCAUCUCCGACUAAAGAUUAAACUUGGAUUUAAAUUAAUUAGUCAAGCUUAUAAAGUUUCUCUAGUCUAAUGGAUGGCAUAGCAAAAGGAAAAAUAAACCCAAGGGAAGUUUGAUCUACUUGCUAUCUCUGCAUUGAAAAGGACCCCUUGUAGAUGUUCUCCUGUGGAAAAUGCUGAACCUUUUUUAAAAAACCCAACAAGCUUCUUUGCUACAGCCACUCUCACUCAACAAAGUAGAAGGUGUUUCCUUCCUGCUUGCCAUUUUUUAAACUCAUCCCAUUGGGGUGAGACGAGCACUUCUAGCACAAAGCACCAGUGUGGGCCAUAUACAGUGGGUUGUCCAGUAGGGAGUCAGUACACCUGUUGAAACCACAAUGCAGGUAUCCUUGAACAAGAUAGUGUAGGAAAGAAACAUCCCAUGAGCAGAAAGGCAAAUUUUCGCUUGGUCUUGAUUUUCAUUUAUGAAUGCAAACCAUGAAGGUGGGGCCUCAUGAGUUACCUUACUUUUGAGAUUUUAAGCAAAGGGGUGUUGGAAAAACUUCACCACAAGAUAACUGACUUGUGGCACUACAGGUUUCAUAGUGAUUUCACUUUUUAAUCCUUUGCUAUAUUUCUGCUCUUUCCUAGUUGUAAACUACCAAAUGUUUCUAUUGUUGGAACAAGUGCAGAUGCAGGGAGCACUUUUUGUUUAUCUGGUGUUUUGUUUUUUUAAGAAAGAAGGGGGCGGAAAUGCUGGAGGAUUUCGUUUUUGGUCUUGCGCGUUCCAAGGUACCAUAAUACUUUCCCCUUGUUACCAACAGAUGGAAAAGAAAAAGCAAGAAAACAAAAUGAGAAGGGACCAGCUAAAUGACGAAUAUCUGGAGCUACUGGAGAAACAAAGACUCUACUUCAAAACGGUCAAAGAAUUUAAAGAGGUAAAUGGGACAGUGGUGGUUGGGGGAAGAGAGAGAGAGAAAACACGCACACAGAGAUGGUCAAAAGCUCUGACCAUGACGUGGUGGCUUAAUAACACACACACUGAUUCAGCACUACUUUGUGAUGCCACAGUGUCCUGUCCCCCCCCAGUCAUCUAGCACUGUACGUUUGUGGGCAGAAUGCAGAUUAGCUGUUCACAACCUGGUACCCUGCAGAUGUUUGGUGCUACAACUCACAUAAUCUCUGUUAGCCACAGGGCUGAAGAGUUAGUCCUAAACACAGAGGGCAUGAGGUUCAGAAGGGCUGGUGUGAAUGAUUCUAGGUAAUAUAGUUGGUAGCAGAAGGCUAAGAACAAUCAGGUGCAUUAGUGUGGUUUUUUCAGAUAUUAUUCAUACGGACCAAUCCCAUCCAGCACCUUUUCACUUUAACAGUAAAUUCCACCUGCCUUGCCUUCCGUAUUACCUACAGCAUGUGUUAAAAGACAGACAGCUGAUUUGGGCUGUAAUCCUAUAUGUUUAGUUGGAAAUAAGAGCCAUUGAAUUUAAUUACCCUUGCUUCUUUGUAGCCAUGCAGGUUUGCACUGUUAGUAUCAUCAUGUUAGUAAACAUGUCUUGUUUAAUAUUUUAAAUCUUCCAUCUCUUUGUUUAUCAACAGGAAUGCCGCAAAAAUGAAAUGCUUUUAUCCAAGCUGAAAGACAAGUGUUCUUGAAGAACUUCAGACAGCAAUUCAUUUAUAUGAUUGAAUUCAUUUUCAUUCUGAUCCAGCCCAAUGACUAGAUGUAUUCCUUUUUGAGAUUUAAUGCAGUAUAGCAGUUCAGAAAUAUUAUUUGUCUUUUUAUAUAUGCACACCCAUAUAAAGUAAAGUGACACUGUUUUGUAAAUGAUUUACCUUUGCACUAGUUAACAUUUCAUGUGCACUAGAAAACAUAUAUUGUGUGUUAAACAAUAAAUAUGUAUAAAUCAAAAGCUC